CACAUUGCCACUGGUACUGCUGGAUCUCUCCUCUCAUUCUGAUCCAAUCUUUCCGCAUGUCAAAUCCAUCAUCAACGUUUCAUUCCAUUUCCAAAUUCCAGCUACAGCGCCAGAUUAUGGUCUGAUUCAAAUAAACUGAUCAGCAUACAAUAGUGGUCUUUACACUCAACAGUGAAGCUGUGUGAUGGUAAGAUACGGAAAUUGAGCGAUGCUUUGAGAUACUGACAUGUUGCCUUCAAUCUAGAUGAAGACAACUCGUGCAUGGCAGCUAGGUGUAAAAGAUUUUCUAAUCAUGUCUGGUUCAAGACAGCGUCCGCAUCUGAAGAGGCCAGUGUGGAUUAUUGUAUUGGUAACUUUUGUCAUCAUAUUCUUGGUUACUGCCUAUGUCUACCCGCCAACAAGUUCGGCAGCCUGCUAUAUCUUUUCAUCUAGAGAUUGUACUUUGUACAACCGGCCACCAGCAUUUCCUUCUAGGGAAUUAAGUGACGAUGAGACAAUAUCUCAUGUUGUAAUUAGGGAAAUCCUCAAGACACCUCCUAUCCAAUCAAAGAAUUCAAAAAUUGCUUUCCUGUUUUUGACUCUAGGGACACUACCUUUUGAGCCACUGUGGGAUAUGUUCUUUCGUGGCCACGAGGACAGAUUCUCUGUUUACGUACAUGCUUCCAGAGAAAAGCCAGUACACAAGAGUCAUUAUUUUAUUGGUCGAGACAUUCACAGUGAAACAGUGGUUUGGGGAAAAAUUUCCAUGGUUGAUGCUGAGAGGAGACUGUUGGCGCAUUCACUUUUAGACCCUGAUAACCAGCAUUUUGUGUUGCUGUCAGAAAGUUGCGUACCACUACACAACUUUGACUAUGUCUACAACUAUCUGAUGCUCACUAAUGUCAGCUUUAUUGACUGUUUUACGGAUCUUGGUCCGCAUGGAACUGGGAGGUAUUCGGAGCAUAUGAUGCCCGAAGUUGAAAAGAACAAUUUCCGAAAAGGUUCACAGUGGUUCUCCAUGAAGCGGCAGCAUGCUAUAAUAGUUAUGGCUGACAGCCUAUAUUACACAAAAUUUAGGCUUUACUGCAAGCCAAAUAUGGAUGGACGCAAUUGCUAUGCAGACGAGCAUUACUUGCCAACCUUUUUUAAUAUGAUUGAUCCUGGUGGAAUCGCAAAUAGAUCAGUAACAUAUGUUGAUUGGUCUGAGGGGAAGUGGCAUCCCAGAUCAUUUAGGGCUCAAGAUAUUACAUUUGAGUUCCUCAAGAACCUUACGUCCAUGGAAGACAGCAUACAUUUCACAAGUGAUCCAAAGAGGAGAGUGAUAACUGGGCCAUGCUUGUGGAAUACAAUGAAGCGACCUUGUUAUUUAUUCGCAAGAAAGUUUUAUCCAGAAACCUUGGACAGAUUGAUGAUCCAUUUCUCUAAUUAUACUACGGUGUAAUGGGAUCAAUUUCUUUCAGCCACGCUUCCCAUUGUUAUUUAAACGAAAUUCCCGAAUGGUAAUUUUAUAUUGAAAUUAUAUCUAUUGAUAGAUACUGUUUUGUUUUGCCAGAAUCCAUUGAUAUUGAAAUUGUUCACAUGCUCACGUUUUAAUGUUCUGGCAACUCUUUGUUUUUUUUUUUUAAAUUAUUCAUUAAUCAUCACAUUAAUUAAGAUAUGUUCUUCAUAAAUUGGGUAUUAAUUAAUACGAU